ACAAUUGGAGCUGCCUUUGUGGCCAAGGUGAUGUCCGUGGGGGACCAGACAGUGACCCUGGGCAUCUGGGACACAGCUGGCUCGGAGCGCUACGAGGCCAUGAGCCGCAUCUAUUACCGUGGGGCGCGAGCUGCUGUCGUCUGCUACGAUCUCACCGACAGCGGCAGUUUCCAGCGAGCCAAAUUCUGGGUGAACGAGCUGCAGAACUGUGAAGAGGGCUGCCGGAUCUACCUGUGUGGCACCAAGAGUGACCUGCUGGAGGAGGACAGGAGAAAGCGAGGGGUUGACUUCCACGAUGUGCAGGACUACGCUGAUGAGAUCAAAGCAGACCUCUUCGAGACCUCCAGUAAGACAGGCCAGAGCGUGGAUGAACUGUUUCAGAAGGUGGCUGAGGACUACAUCAACUUCUCUGCCUUCCAGGUGAUGACAGAGGAGAAGGGUGUCGACCUGGGCCAGAGGAGCAAUCCCUACUUCUAUAGCUGCUGCCACCACUGA